CCUCCCUCAUGGACCUGCUGGCCCUGCUGCUCCCCUGCCUCCUGGCCCAGCUGGGAGAGGUCGCCACCAUGGCCUCCCUGGGACCCGGUGGCCAGGACCAGCACCCCAAGCCUCUCCCUGACAUGACUCUGGAGCUGAUGGACAAAUUCAAGGACUUCCAGAUUCGCUACAAUAAGAGCUACGAAGACCAAGCAGAGUACGUGCGACGCUUCAAGAUCUUCGUCCAGAACCUGGCCCGGGCCCGGAAGCUGCAGGAGGAGGACGUGGGGACGGCGGAGUAUGGGGUCACGCCCUUCAGUGACCUCUCGGAGGAGGAGUUUCUCAGCCUUUAUGCGCCCAGAUUCGGGAUGCCCUCUGGUUGGGCAAAUCAAAUGGCCAGCAUCCCCGAGGGGCCUCUCCUCAAGGAAACUUGUGAUUGGAGAAAAAGAGGAGCCAUCACAUCGGUCAAAAAUCAGGGAUCCUGUGGCUCCUGUUGGGCCUUCGCCGCCGUCGGCAACGCAGAGUCCAUGUGGUACCUCAGGGCAGGCAAACGACUCGUCUCCCUCUCAGUGCAAGAAGUGUUGGACUGUGGUCGCUGUAGGGACGGCUGUCAGGGUGGCUACCCCGAGGAUGCCUUCAUCACCAUGUGGUUCAACAGAGGCCUGGCCAGUGAGAAGGACUACCCCUACAAGGUCCGGGCCAGGCCCAACAGAUGUCAGGCCAAUAAGACAAGAGCCGCCUGGAUCCACGACUUCAUCACACUGCCCAAAGAUGAGAUGUCCAUGGCCCGCUACGUGGCUGACAACGGACCCAUCGUCGUAAGCAUCAAAAUGCCGCAGCUGCAGCUCUACGUCGGGGGAGUUAUGCAUCCGUCCCACCAUAACUGCGACCCCAAAUCACCACACAGUAUCCUGCUAGUGGGCUUUGGUUUCAGUAAUGAUUCCUCUCACUGGAUCCUGAAGAAUUCUUGGGGCCCGGAAUGGGGAGAGAAGGGCUAUUUCCGACUGCAUCGUGGGAGCAACGCCUGUGGGAUCGCCGAUUAUCCCAUCACUGCCCUGGUCAAAGGUUCCAAACGCCGCGUCUCCUGCCCACCAUGAGACCCUCAGUCCUGUCCACCCAAUGGCCUGAGUUACCCUAUGCCCCCCACUGUCCCCUCCCUGUGGCUCCAGCAGGGACCACCCCCACUCCUGACCCUCCCCAAACAAUCCCGAGUCCCAGCCCAUCCUUGGAAUGAACCGGGAGAGAGCUUCUAGGAGGAGACGGCUGGUCUGGGCCACUCCCCUGAUCUCUUCCGGUUCCCUAACUGCCUGCUUAGGGCUGCGUCCCCUGCCCACUUUCCCCACACCUCUCCCCGCUUCCAACCCCCCCAACCACCUGCUUAGUGCUGCGUCCCCCUGCCCAUUCCCCCCACAUCCCCCCUUAGUCUCCCUCCGGCUCCCCGACCACCAGCUUAGUUAGGGCUGAGUCCCCCUGUCACCAUCCCUCCACACACACACCUUCUCUCUCACUCCUCUGCCCCCAGAUGAGGCCUGGGCGUCUCCUUAAUCCCCUGAGCAGCAGGACCCUGCCUCCAUAGUCUCUGCAGCCAUUUUAUGUCACCAUUUUGCCAGAGUAAAGAUCAAGUCUGGGGGGCGGAGGGCGGCGGCCAGUCCUCCCUCCCCAGGGAAGGGGGUCAGUCGUGAUACAGGCACAGGAGGCAGCUCCGGAGUGUCCCCGUGUAGCGGUCCCAGAGCGCCCGGUGCCUGCCAGGGGAGGAGAAGGAAGGGGGAGCACCACUAAGAGGCCGUUCUCUCGACUGGAAGCUCCCGGAGGGGAGGGCUCAUGCCUGCCUAUCCUACUGUCUUUUUGCAAACCUAGCUUAGAAGGCGCUCAAUAAAGAUGAUUGAUGGA